ACAGUCACAUGCCUAUACGUUCCGGUCAUGUGACUUGCGCCGUAGAAAAUGACCGCUGGACACAGCCAGCAGAAUGCAGCAGUGGUCUUGUUGUUCAUUCAUUUAUGUUUCUCUGGUGGUUAUCAGCUGACUGAGUUACAGGUGGGCCUGUGCCAUCUCUGCAACGGGACGGUCCAGAACGGCACUGCCGUGAGCCAGUUCUGUUCCGCGUCUGCGGGUUUGAUUGAUGGCCGCUGCUGCCUGCUGAGAAAAGAGAACAUCCGGGAUGCGGACUACAUCAUCGGUCUUUACGUUUCCCUCAGCUUGGACCUGUCAAACUGUUCCCUGAGCCGUGUGGAAGACCUUCAAGAUGCAUUCAGCGCUACAACAAUAGAUCUCUCACUGAACCCCAUUGUAAAUCUGGACGAUUCGCUGUUUGAAGGCUUUAUCCAGUUGGCUAACCUGAUUCUGCCUGCCAACUUGGUCUGUCCAGGAGGCAAUGCAUCAUGGGACAAGGUGAAGGUCAAAGGGGAAACUCAUUUUUGUGAAGGACAGAAAGACAUCUGUAACCAGACUGGUUAUUUGUCGUUGAACUGCCCCGAGAACUCCCUCUGUGUACCAUACGGUCCGGGCUUCUUUCAAUGUAGCUGCGUGGAUGCCUUCCGUGGAUACAAGUGUCUUCGAGAGGGAGAGUUUCCUAUAAUCCAGGUGUUCGGGCCUCUAGCGGGCUCCACGGUCCUGGUCUCCAUCCUGCUAUGGCUCACCCAAAGACGCAAGGCCAUAUCAGUCUGAGGUUGUACCCGAGCACCUGGUCGGAGGCCUAGUCCUAGGACAUUUUCAAGUGGUACUGACCUGAAAUAGCAGGGGAAAUGCUGAGUGGACUGUUGAUUGAGAUGGUCUCAGGGGUUAAUGUUAUAUUGCUGACAGUGGACUGUUGAUUGAGGAGAUGGUCUCAGGGGUUAAUGUUAUAGUGCUGACAGUGGACUGUUGAUUGAGGAGAUGGUCUCAGGGGUUAAUG